UACCGUAAUUUGUAUUCUGUGGUUAUGUUUGACGGACGACGGUGGUUUGACGUUGGUUGUGAUGAAAUAUUUUCGACGUUAUUUUCGAAAUGAGUUUUAAAAAUGAUAAUUUUAGUGAUAUUUACAAUAAAUCAACUCCUCCUCCUAAGGUGAAAGUGAGAAACCCUUUCGAUAGAGCUUUAAUCGAAAGGUUACACAAGCCAAUAUGCAGUCCAGGAAUGUGCAAAAUAUAUAAAAAGAAGAAUAGGGGAUCAUUUCGAUGGGAGAUAGACCAGACUUGUACGUUGGUACCUGCAGAUAUCGUGGUCUGCAGUAGUCAAUUUGAACCAUCCCCAGACCCUGCCUUAGAAAAAAUUGCCGAAGAGGCUAACGAAAAGUUUUUUUCUCAAGAGAUGGUGAUGCCUAGCCCACUAGAAUCAUCCAAAAAAGUAAAACCAUUGAUAGCAUCCUUUGAAAGCAGUGUACAAACAACUACUAGCAUUGAAAGUGUACAUACCAAAGAAACUAAAGAUGUUUCAGCCCAAACAAUGUUAACCUUUCCACCAAUACUCCCACCGGAAAUUGAAAAAAUUCUAGAACCGUACUGCAAUUAUACAGAGGAGAAUGACAUUUUUGGAGAAUACGAGAUAACAGCAAAUGGAUCUCUACGACGUAAGCUGUUUUUUGAAGAACAGAGCGACAAGGAUUAUUAUGAUUCUGAACAGACAGAUGACGAGAUUCACGUAGAACAGCGACCACCGUCAAAUUGCGAGUCACACACCCCUGUUGUGUUUAGCCCUGAUGAAUUAAGCAAUGAUUUUGUAUCUAGAGGAAUGAAGCGCACUUUCGGAACUCCCCUUCAAAACCGCCAGUCAAGGAAUAAGCCGAGGAACAAAAUUCUGGACGUAGUGGACUUUGGCGAGCCUUGUUUCAGCCCGAUCGAGUUUCAGACCCCCAAGCGAUGUGAGAACUCAACCACUUCGUCCUCUCUCGCAUCCGCGUCCAUUUCUCCUGUAACAAAAGCGAUAUCCAGUGAUGAAGAGAAAAACAACCUAACUUCCCCCGAGUGUGAAGCUAUGGCCACAUGUUUGGAUUGCUUUGAUUCUGAGGCUACCGGGGAUAAGAAGUGCUUCUGUAAAUCCACACCAAAUAAAUCGUCUUUGAUGCGAAGUACUUCCCUCAAAGAUUCGCCACACAAAAGUCGAAGGGGCUCGCUGCUGAGAGAGAAACGUAGCCUCAGCAUGUCGAGUUUGCACCGAAGUCGAUCUGUUCAGAAGUUGGACUUCAGCAUGGAUAUGAGCAUAGAUGUGUCCAUGCACAAUAGUUUUCAUACUAAUUCUGAAAGCAGUCCACUUGAAAAGGAGUCCAGGACGUGGUCUAUAGAAGAAGAUCCAAGCAUUCAACAUCUAGUCAAGAUAGAGUCACUUAAGAAUAAGUCCGACGUUCAGUCUUCCACUAAAAUACACAAUAUUUACACUCUCGACGAAACGCCGAUAAAGGGAAGCAAAAGAAACAACGUCCUAGCUCACGAGAUAAGCAAGAUGCGUAACAUACGAGUGAGUCCAGAAAAAAUGUCUCUAGAUAGUAGCUUAGAUAAUUUCGAUAUACCCCCUACUAUGGAGGAUAGAAAGAUAGACUUCAAUAAGGUUGAUCUCAAAUUUUUGACUGAAAAUAUUUCGCAAGUAGAGUAUAAUUGUACUAAAGUGACAAACGAUACAACAACAAGCUUUAAAAGAGUCGAUAGCGGUUUUAAUGAGAACACAUUCAAUGUUAAUGCCUCUAGUUACUACGAAAGUGCCAUAAAACCUUCCGAGCUAACUGUUACGAAUGCGUCAAAGUGUGAAACUAAGACAGCGCUACGGGAGAUUUCAAAUGUGAAUUGGAUGAGAGUGGACAGCGGAUUCAAGGAUGACACUUCCGGUGACAGCAUGCAGUUUUAUCCAGAAACUUCCGCGAGAAAAGUGAUCAGUGAAUUUCAGAAGUUUCAUGAUAAAGAGAAUAUGGAAGAUUUCGAUAAGUUGUUCCAAGCGCCGAUAAGGGCUGAAACGAUGUCCAUGUCAGACAUUUUCAACGAUGACAUGACAUUUAACUGUAACUUCUCUUCGACGCCGUCUAAGAAUAAAAACCGUAAGGCGACUUCAUGAUAGUAAAGUAAUGAAGCAGUGACACCUGCAGCCUUACCCCCGAAACCGAUACGAUUAUUAUUUACUGAUUAGUUCCAAAUUGAGCCGCAGCACGAUCGUGCGCUAGUAUAGCUGUCAAGAGUGGGAAGAGACGAGACCGAAUUAGUUCCAAAUUGAGCCGCAGCACGAUUUUGCGCUAGUAUAAUAUGUAUAUGUCGGAAGUAGCAAAAGCUGUUAUUCGUAUAAUUUUCUUAAUUCUCGAUUCUGUUUCUGUCGGGAGUAAGGCAGCUGGUAUCAAAAGUUUUUAAGGGGCCCCAGAUCCAAAAUAAUUUUAAGGAGGGGCGCAAUAAUAGCCCGGGGCCUAAUAUAAUACAACACCAACUACGCCAAUGUAACGAAGUUUAAUGAAUUUUAGAAGGUAAAUUGACUUUAGUAUAAUUUUUGACAGGAGGCCAUUCAUAUGGAACCUCAUUAGAUAUUCAAAACAAAAAUAUUUCAUUGAUAUACUCUGAUUUAUAAUUUCAGCCAGUAAGUUUACUUUUUUGCAUUUCAUUUCUUCUUACUUCUUUUGUACAGUAAUUUUUGACUGUCAUCCUGCUGGGUGUGAAAAUAAUUCCGAGUAUACAUACAGUAUUUAAAUUGAAGAUUUCAUGGUAACACUUGUGCCAACAGCGAUAAAUUUGGGUGUGUCCAUAAGAACAUUUGCUCUCUAUGGGCAAAUAGGCAAUUAUAAUAGCUAUUUUAUAGUGGCUCAAAAACCAAACCAUAUUAUUUCAUAUUAAAUUUAAAUUA